GCACACUUUGCUGAGAGCUCCUGUCACUUGGAGAGAAUAAAGCCACAGGGCGAGUGGCUGGCUGAGGGGAACUUGGGGUGACACCGGGGGACCCCAAUCCAGGCAUCCUGCUCCAUCUGGGGGUCUCCAGUCCUGUCAUCCUACUGUGCUGGCCACUCAGGGGGUCCCACAUCCCAGCAUCCCACCUCCUGCUGGCUGCUCCCCAAACCCAGCAUCCUCUGCUGCCUGUCUGAGAGGGUGAGGAGAGAGGGGCGAUGCUCAAGGUGUCCCAAAUCCAGGAGUCCUGAGCUUGUCAUCUGCCCCCCUCCAGCCUCCUCCUCCUGCCUGGUCCCUCACUGUGUGCUCUCUGUCCAGGGGAGGGGGUCUGGGAUGUCUCCUUGGCUGGCGCCUACAAGCUCCCCUCUGGUCUCACUAUAGUCUUGGCUUGUUGGGGGGAUAAAAAAAGAAGCUGCACCUCGUCAUGUCAAUGAAUAACCUCGUGGAAGGAUCUUUAAACAACCAGAGCCGGCGCCAGACAACUGGAAAGUAUGAUGAUCAUGGAAACAGCAACGGCAGCCAUGUAAAGAUCUUUUUACCGAAGAAGCUGCUUGAAUGUCUGCCAAAAUGUUCAAGUUUACCAAAAGAGAGACAUCGCUGGAACACAAAUGAGGAAAUCGCAGCUUAUUUAAUAACAUUUGAGAAACAUGAAGAAUGGUUAACAACUUCCCCUAAAACAAGGCCGCAGAAUGGUUCCAUGAUCUUAUACAAUCGAAAGAAGGUGAAAUACCGGAAAGAUGGAUAUUGCUGGAAAAAGAGGAAAGAUGGAAAAACAACAAGAGAAGAUCAUAUGAAGCUCAAGGUCCAGGGAGUGGAGUGUCUGUAUGGCUGCUAUGUUCACUCCUCCAUUAUCCCAACUUUUCACCGGCGGUGCUAUUGGCUACUUCAGAAUCCUGACAUUGUACUAGUCCACUACUUGAAUGUUCCUGCCAUAGAGGAUUGUGGGAAACCAUGUGGUCCUAUUCUAUGCUCUAUCAACACCGACAAAAAGGAAUGGGCAAAAUGGACAAAGGAUGAGCUCAUAGGACAGCUUAGACCUAUGUUUCAUGGUAUUAAAUGGACAUGCAGCAAUGGGAACAGCAGUUCAGGGUUUUCAGUGGAGCACCUUGUUCAGCAGAUUCUCGACAGUCAUCAGACCAAACCACAGCCUCGGACGCACAACUGUCUCUGCACUGGCAACUUAGGCGCAGGUAGCAGUGUGCAUCAUAAAUGUAAUAGUGCCAAGCAUCGCAUCAUCUCACCAAAGGUCGAGCCAAGGACAGGUAGCUAUAGUGCCCACUCGGAAGUCCAAAACAAUGACGUUUCAGAAGGCAAGAAUGAGCACAGUCAUGGCAAAUCCUCCAGCCGGGAAAAAAGAAAUGGUAAAAUGGCAAAACCUGUGCUGCUGCAUCAAAAUAGUACUGAGGUUUCUUCUACAAAUCAAGUGGAAGUUCCCGAUACUACACAGAACUCUCCAGUAUCAAUUAGCAGUGGGUUAAAUAGUGAUCCAGACAUGGCUGACAGUCCUGCUGUCACAGGUGUUUCUAGCAUGACUGUUGCCUCUGUGAUGGGGAGUCUGUCCCAAAAUGCCACUGUAUUUAUGUCAGAAGUCACAAAUGAAGCAGUAUACUCAAUGUCACCUAACACUGGUCCCAACCAACAUCUUUUAUCCUCAGAUACAACUACCCAGGGACUAGUACUGGCUGUAAGUUCUGAUGGCCACAAGUUUGCCUUCCCUACAACUGGGAGCUCAGACAGCUUGUCAAUGUUGUCUGCCAAUGUCUCAGAAGAGCUUGUGCUUUCUACCACCUUAGAUAGUACUCGGAAGAUACCAGAAACCACCAUGAAUUUUGACCCAGACUGUUUCCUCAACAACCCCAAGCAAGGACAGACCUACGGUGGAAGUGGUCUUAAAGAAGAUAACAUUAGCAGUAACAUACGCAGAUCGUCUAGCUCUGAUCGUAAUUUUGGAUUCAAUGCAGCUUUAGUUAAAGAGAUAAAAACAGAGGACACAACAUUUGAGCAACAGUUAUCAAAAGAGAGUUUUCCAUCCACCUCAUCAAAUACGCUAACUCUCACUCCUGGUUCCAGCUUACUACCUUCUGGAGGAGGUCUUAGUCCUAGCACUACACUAGAACAAAUGGAUUUCAGUGCAAUUGAUUCCAACAAGGAUUAUUCAACUAGCUAUAACCAGACAGUACAGAGCCCCCAUGUCCAUCAGACUCCUUCCCCAAGCUUCUUUCUACAAGAUGCCAGCAAACCUAUUCCUUUAGAACAAAAUCCCCACAACAAUAUAAAUGACUCAAACAACACUUAUGUCAACACAAUGGGAAUACCGAAUGUUAAAACAGAAGCAUCAGCCCAAACAACAAAUAAUUGUAAUGGUACUAUAGAUCAAACUAGGAUAGAAUCAGCCUCUUCUCUCCAGCUGAUGCAAUUCCAAGCCAAUUUUCAAACUAUGACAACUGAAGAGGUUCCUAUGGAAACAUCCCAGCAGCCUGAAGGAAAUGACAAUUUGCUCAAGCCUGGAGACCUCCAAGCCUGUAAUGCUGAACACUAUAUGCAGCCAGAAAAUGGUGCUGGAAUGAGGAAUGGUACUCUCCCCAUACUGCAGGGGAAUAUGGUACAAGGCCUCUACCCUGUUGCCCACCAGGCCCUAAGUAACUCUUCCAACAUGGAACUUAACUUAGAUCAUUUUGACAUUUCCUUCAGCAACCAGUUUUCUGACCUUAUUAAUGAUUUUAUAUCUGUAGAGGGUGGGAGUAAUACAAUAUAUGGACAUCAGCUUGUGGCCGGAGACAACAAUGUGUUGCCCCAAACGGAGGAUGCUAACAGACCACCGUAUACUCAGGCAGAAAUGUGCAUACCUUGUUGUAGCCCUCAACAAGCUGGUAUGCAACUAAGCAAUUCUGAAACAACCACCAUGGCCUACAUGCAUGUGGCCGAAGUAGUAUCAGCGGCAGCUCAAAGCACCCUGGGGAUGCUGCAACAGAGUGGGCGUUUGUUCAUGGUGACCGAUUAUUCCCCUGAAUGGUCCUAUCCUGAGGGAGGAGUAAAAGUCUUAAUUACGGGGCCAUGGCAAGAAGCCAGCAGUAACUAUAGCUGUCUGUUCGAUCAGAUAUCAGUUCCUGCAUCUCUAAUACAACCUGGUGUCUUGCGCUGCUAUUGUCCAGCACAUGAUACUGGCCUGGUCACUCUGCAGGUCGCCUUCAAUAAUCAGAUUAUCUCCAACUCUGUUGUCUUUGAAUACAAAGCGAGAGCUCUUCCAACACUCCCAUCUUCUCAACACGACUGGCUGUCUUUGGAUGAUAACCAAUUUAGAAUGUCGAUCCUGGAACGCCUGGAGCAGAUGGAAAGGAGAAUGGCCGAGAUGACAAGUUCUCAACAACAUAAGCAAAGUGUAGGAGGAGGCAACGGUGGUGGAGCCAACAGCGGUGGAAACCAAGCACAAUGCGCUGCUGGACCCGGAGCUAUUGGAAGUUGUUUCGAAAGUCGCGUGGUGGUUGUGUGUGAAAAGAUGAUGAGUCGAGCUUGCUGGGCUAAAUCUAAACACCUGAUCCAUUCAAAGACCUUCAGAGGAAUGACUCUGCUUCACCUUGCUGCUGCACAGGGAUAUGCAACACUCAUACAGACCCUUAUCAAGUGGAGAACGAAGCAUGCUGACAGUAUUGAUCUGGAAUUAGAAGUAGAUCCUUUAAAUGUUGAUCAUUUCUCGUGUACACCCCUGAUGUGGGCCUGUGCCCUGGGCCAUACGGAGGCUGCAGUUGUUCUUUAUAAGUGGGACCGGCGGGCCAUAUCUAUUCCUGACUCGCUUGGCAGACUGCCUCUCUCCAUUGCACGUUCCCGGGGCCAUGUCAAGCUGGCUGAGUGUCUGGAACAGUUGCAAAGAGAGGAACAGACACAAAUUGGUCACAACUCCAGAAUACAAUGUUCUCCUAAUUCAGAGACCAAUGAAGACAAUUGGCUAACUCAGUGGCAAAAUGACACCAUUACUUCUCAAGAAUCUCAGAGAGGAGUUACAAUAAUUUCUAAUGUUAAUACAGAAUUAAGGAGACCACGAUCUGAACCCUCUAAUUACUACAGUAGUGAAAAUCCAAAAGAUUACCCGGCGCCCAAAAAACACAAAUUAAACCCUGAAUACCUUCAGGUUAGACAAGAGAAAGUAAUUUCGACUGCCCUAGGUUUAGACCACCCAUCUACCAGGAAGCAAAACUCGGUCUCCAAACAGUCUCUUCCUGAAACACUUUCCCACAGUGAAGAAAUGCGGAACUUCAGCAGAGAAGUCCCCACACGUACUCCAGACACAUCUGGGUACAGAGGCCAAACUGGACUGAAAUGGAGCCCGAAAGAGCUUUACCUAGGGGUGUCUGCUGCACAGUUGACAGGAGCUUCAAAGGUUUCUGGGGUAGGAAAGGACAUUGUGGACCACAGGAUACAUCAAAGAGAAUCGAUGAAUGUCUUAAUGAUGUCGGAGAGAGAAAUGGUGGACACUGAGCUAUUGUCCUACAGAGAGAACCUGGAGAGCGAAGACUGCUUGCAGCAUAUGGAUGACCUACAGGUAAACAUGAUGAAUUUGGCAGAACAAAUUAUAGAGGCCACACCUGAUAGGAUCAAGAGGGAGAAUUUUGUACCUAUGGAGCCCCCACUGGAGGAGAGGGCAGACACGGCGGGAUUUAGCACUACUAUGAGCUGGCUGGCCAGUUACCUUGCAGAUGUUGAUCACUUACCUAGCGCUGCGCAAAUAAGGUCUCGCUACAUUGAGCCCCUGACUCCUUCUUCCAACACCAGCUUAAGCCCUGCCUGCUCCCCAAUUAGUGAAACAUUUGAAAAACCAAGUCUGCCAUCAGUUGCCGACUGGUCGGAAUUUCUCAGUGCAUCCACCAAUGAGAAGGUUGAGAAUGAAUUUGCCCAGCUGACCCUGUCGGAUCAUGAGCAACGAGAGCUGUACGAGGCAGCAAAACUUGUCCAGACAGUAUUUAGGAAAUAUAAGGACCGUCCACUGAGAGAGCAGCAGGACGUGGCCGCAGCUGUUAUUCAGCGGUGUUACAGAAAGUACAAGCAGCUGACAUGGAUUGCCUUGAAGUAUGCACUUUAUAAAAAAAUGACCCAAGCCGCAAUCCUCAUCCAGAGCAAAUUCCGAAGCUAUUAUGAACAGAAGAAAUUUCAGCAGAGCCGACGGGCCGCGGUGCUUAUCCAACAAUACUACAGAAGUUAUAAAGAAUGUGGCAAAAUCAAACAGAAACGUCGGACAGCCUCAAUGGUGCAACAGAAACUGAGAAGCAGUCUCCUUACAAAGAAGCAGGACCAGGCUGCUCGGAAGAUUAUGAGGUUUUUACGUCGCUGCCGUCACAGCCCUCUGGUGGACCAUAGGCUGUACAAAAGGGGUCUGAAUGUUUGUGGAGCAAACAUGUGUGUAUUAAAUAGCAGAAAGAAUGCUCAGAGGUGUCAUCCUUAUUGGGCAGCUCUGAGUUUUUUACUUUGCAUUACUGAGAUUUCUGGAAAAUGGCAAGCGAUCAAAUUUCCCAAAUUCCCCACACGCCAUUUCAGCUCUAAGAGCAACAGAGUGAAAGAAUUGAAAAAGGCCAAGGAACUUGAAGAUAUAAAACAACGUCCCUUAGCAAUGUGACAGCGCUUUUCAGACUGUUUUCAUUUUCUGUUUUUAGCAGAGACAUGCAACAAAAAAAAAUAAAAAAAUUAAAUAAAAAAUAAAAAAUAAAAUAAAAACCACUGCAGAUUUCGAGAGAUAACCUGCAGGAUUUUAACAGUAAUCUUUUGGUCAUUGCAUUUGCACUUUCAUAGACAACUUUUGCUUUGUUCAGCAAGACAUCUUGGAAUUGAAUCUUCUGUUGAAUCAUGGGAAACAAAAUGGCGCCAGGCAGAGUUCGAGAGUAUCUCUAACCUUUCCGAGGGUGGAGAGGUGUGUGAUUCACAUAGGGCUGAAUUCAAACAACGUGUGGAACUGUACAAAUAUUAUACCAAAAAUUAUUGAGAAAAGGUGGAAAUGCACAAGCAACAAUUAAAUGCUACACCCAGAACCAUUGAUUCGCUCACAAGUAUUGUGCCCAGGAAAACACAAGAUCGUGAAUAUGCUGGAAGGGUUUGGAUCAUGAUUCUUAUCUUUUUCUUCUGACUUUUCUCUGUCGCUUAUAUCGUCUUCAUUACUGGGUCUUCACUGUUGCAGAUAUUUCCAGCGCUGAAGAAGUCAACCCCAUACAUAACAUAUGCAAUAUAUAUGCAUAUAUGAUUAGAUAUAUUAAUGCUUAGAACAUUUUUUCGAAUUCAAUAAACCUGCACGAAUCCUAGGUUUUACCUUCAAGAAUGUGAAUCUUUUAGAAAACCAUUAGGAAACCAUUGAUGUGACCUCUAAAAAAAAAAAAGAACAUGUACCAAACAAAACUUACCAGAACUUAAACCAUUCUUCAGAAACAAAAGCUAUCAUUGGGUAACAAGCUUUGUAUAUAGUCAUUUAUUUACAUAUGCUCAUUAUAUUUUUGACAGAAAUGUUUGGAGUCCAUUUUGGGUUUGCGAAAGGCCAAUGCAAAAAUUCAUUUGGCAAAGAAAAACGUUGGCUUUGGAGAUACAUUGAAAUGAUGUUAAUCCUUUUUCAUAUAGCAGUUGAUGUGCGGUUUGCAAAAGGUGAUAAAUAUACAUAUUCAACGUCAACAAAAAAUGUGCUCUGUAUAAUUUUUAUUAUACAUUGUACAUUAAAAACUGUUGAUCAAUUUACAGAAAAAAAAAUAUAAUAAUCUGUCUUUUCUGGGAGUAGUUAUUUUAAGUUCCCUAAAUAUUGUCCUCACAAAUGCUAAAAGUGAUAUCUAUGCAUCCUGUGUUUUAAUCUUAAAUUAGAAAGAUGAUUGUAAUUUUUCCAUUUUUUAAAAUUAAUAAAUUUGAUCAUCUACUAAUCACUGGAAUUAGAGAUAUGUAUAUAAAAUUAAUUAGAGAGGAUUACUUUUUAAAACUAUGUUUUCUCAUUGUUAUUUAUUCUAUAUUCAUAUACCUGUAGACAAUAUAUUCAUAGCUGACAACAAAAUCAUGUUAUAUCUAUUUAUAUAUACGUAUAUCUAUUUAUCUAUAUAGUUAGAUGUAUAGGUAUACAGGUAUAUAUAAAUAUCUACAUAGUUAUAUAUACGUAAAAUGCCCAUAGGGGUUGCAUUUACAUUGCGUGAACAUUUUAACACCUAAUAGUCAAUGUGGUGCUGCGUGCAAGCCAGUUAAUAUAUUUGGGGCUUAUCUAUUAACAUACCUGAGAAAAAUAAAUUGUAUAUACAAUAGAAGGAAUUUGGAAAGAAAAAUACUAUUUGAGAGAGAUUAUUAUUGAAAUGAAAGAAAAUUUGAUUAUAUCGAGGUGGGUAAAUAACACGCCGGAGACCACUAAUAUUUGUAUAGUCUGUUGGAAUGAAAAUGAAAAGUGUGGAUGUAUUGUUUUGUUUGUACAUAAUGUAUAUAUUAAAAAUAAUUUAAAAAAGAUACGUGCAUGAAAUCAAGACACAAAAGAAGUGAAUAAGCAAAGCAUUAGUGGAUAUGGUCUGUAAAAUUAAACAAAACUUUAUUUCACUAUAAGAGUACUUUAUUUUAAAUGUUCUUUAGAAGAACAUUUUGCUAAAGCAUGACUAAACUGCAAAAAAAAGAGCUACUGUAUUUAGACUUAGAAAAAAAAAGCCGAAUAACAUUAUUAUUAAAAAAAAAAAAAAAAAAAUG